CACUUCCGCUUCCUGUUGCUUGCCUUAAAUCGGGUCAGAGCUCGGCGUUCGAGGUAGGAGUUGUGUCGUCGAUAAGUUCGAGGGGUUUAGAGGGCUGCGGCGGAUUUGUGUCCGGUGUUCGGGGUAGCGUGACCAAAGAACUUAACUCGGGAAAGUUCCUUGUGUGUCUGGGCGACCCGCAAAGUCCUGUCUCUGCUGCCUUCCCUCCUCUCCCUCUACCCGGCGUAGGUCCAGCCACAAUGAUUGAGGUGGUUUGUAACGACCGUCUAGGAAAGAAAGUCCGCGUCAAGUGCAACACCGAUGACACCAUCGGGGACUUGAAGAAACUGAUAGCGGCCCAAACUGGCACCCGGUGGAAUAAGAUCGUUCUUAAAAAGUGGUACACGAUUUUUAAGGACCACGUGUCUCUGGGAGAUUAUGAAAUCCAUGAUGGGAUGAACCUGGAGCUGUAUUACCAAUAGAUGGGAAUUCCUUCUCCUUGCCUCCCCUGCCUUCCUCUCCCACCCUCAUUUGACACUGGUAUAGAUGCCCAUUUUUAACAAUUCACAUGAAUAAAAACGUCAGUGCUGCUUUGUUGCUGUCA